CCCCCCCCCCAUCCUCUGACCGGUCAGCCCUCCUCCGGACCGUCCCGCCCUCAGCCCGGCUCAGUUCUGGUAGUGUCCAUCUCCGCGCCAGGAAACUCACGCACACAAACGCACACAGACACACACACAGGCAGAAACACGUGCGGUGCGCGCGCGCUCAAAAAAGGCUGCAGUUAAACAGAACGGAACAGACGGAAGUGGCAGAAAAAUCACACAAGCUGCUCCACAUCGUGAAGGCGGUCCGUGUUGUGCAGAGCCACCGACAAGCGGCUGUCCUUCAUCAUUGAAAGUGGACAUCACAGCGGCGACAGUCCUCCGGAGGUCCCACUUGGCUGUUGAGAGUGAUGCAUCCUGCAGGACUGUGUGAGCAGUGAGGUGGUUUGAUCUGCUGUGUAGAUAGAUCCAGCCUGUGCUGUUGAUGACAAGAGGCAGCAUGAAGUUUGCGGUUUCGGUGUUGUGGUUCUCACUAGCUGUCGGGAAGGCUACCAUGCAAGCUCAGGAAGACUUUGUGUCGCUGGCCGAGAUGGAGGAUUCCUUGUUGAGGAACCUUUUCAGGGGUUACCAGAAGUGGGUGCGGCCUGUCCAGCAUGCCAAUGACACCAUCACUGUACGCUUUGGACUCAAAAUCUCACAGCUGGUUGACGUGGAUGAAAAGAACCAGUUGAUGACUACAAAUGUCUGGCUCUGGCAGGAGUGGGUUGACGUCAAGCUGAAGUGGAACCCAGAUGACUAUGGAGGUAUCACCUCCAUCAGAGUGCCUUCAGAGACUAUAUGGCUUCCAGACAUUGUCUUGUAUGAAAAUGCGGACGGUCGCUUUGAAGGUUCCCUGAUGACCAAAGCUAUUGUGCGCUGGGAUGGUACCAUAACAUGGACUCCACCUGCCAGCUACAAGUCUUCCUGUACCAUGGACGUCACCUUCUUCCCCUUCGACCGACAGAAUUGCUCGAUGAAGUUCGGCUCCUGGACUUACGAUGGAAACAUGGUGGACCUGGUCCUGGUGGAUCACUAUGUGGACCGUAAAGACUUCUUUGAUAAUGGCGAGUGGGAGAUCCUCAAUGCCACUGGAGUAAAGGGAAGCAGGAGGGAUGGGGUGUACUGGUACCCAUUUGUCACCUACUCUUUCAUCCUCAAGAGAUUGCCGUUGUUCUACACCCUGUUCCUCAUCAUUCCAUGCCUCGGUCUCUCCUUUCUGACUGUGCUGGUGUUUUAUUUGCCAUCGGACGAAGGAGAGAAACUCUCUCUUUCCACAUCUGUGCUGGUGUCACUCACUGUGUUCCUCCUGGUCAUAGAAGAAAUCAUCCCUUCAUCAUCAAAGGUGAUACCACUGAUAGGUGAAUACCUGCUCUUCAUCAUGAUCUUUGUCACUUUCUCCAUCAUUGUCACUGUCUUUGUCAUUAAUGUCCACCACCGUUCCUCUGCUACUUACCACCCCAUGGCCCCCUGGGUAAAGAGCCUCUUCCUUCAGAGACUACCCAGACUGCUGUGUAUGAGGGGACAUACUGACAGAUACCACUUUCCAGAUAUGGAGAUGCGCAGCCCAGAGCUGAAGCCCCGCAGAGGUGUGGGGAGGAGGGGUGUUCCUGGUCAUAGUGGUGGCCAGCAGAGAGGCCCCCUCACAGGGAAGGAGGAUGAGAACCAAGCCUGGCUGGCCAUGCUGGAGAAAGCCACAAAUUCAGUUCGCUACAUCAGCCGUCACAUCAAAAAGGAGCACUUCAUACGAGAGGUUGUUCAAGACUGGAAGUUUGUGGCUCAGGUGUUGGACAGGAUUUUCCUGUGGGCCUUCCUCACGGUGUCAAUACUGGGAACUGUCCUAAUCUUCACCCCUGCUCUGCAGAUGUACCUCAGCACACCUUGAUGGCAAUACUUACUCAUGCAUACUCUCCAACAGCUCAUUUUUGUUUAGUAGAUUGUCUUUGACUAUGGUUUAUUAAUGAAGUUCAAUAAAAUAUUCACAUGUAUAUUUCUCUUGUAGAAACAAACUUUUACCUCUCUACAGUAUGGUUUGCAGCCUGUAAUGACUACUGGAAAAUGUAAUGUUCUGGAUGCAGCUUGUCAAGGUGCAUGCACAGGAGUGCAAAGGAGCGAAAGCAAUAAGCAGGUCAUAGUAGCGUGUUUUGAUUUGAAUAACUGUAACAUUGUAAUUAUACAUGCAACAACAUGCACAAUAUCAAUUCAUAAAAAAUCUGUUGUUCUGUGUGUCAUGUGCACCAUGUUGUUCAACCAGCUAUGCUCUACUGUAAGUGCUGUAAUGAUUAAAAGAGAUCUGU